CUCAGAGGUAAACAUUUUAAUCGCUGCCACUGUGAAACCACUUACCCUGUGUUUGAAAAGACAGAAAAUGGUUCUUCACGAUGCAGAUGUGGAUUAAACUUUUGAUCCAAUGGUUCCUAAUGUCAACAGCUGAAUGUGGCUCCCACUCUCUUGAGUUCCUGUCUACAGGACGUGUGCAGCCCGAAGAUCAACCUCAGUUUGAACAACUAACUGUAUUUGAUGGAGUUCCCAUCUCUUAUUGUAACAGCUGGAAAAAAAGAGAAGAGCUCAAACCUACCCUGGAAUCAAACAACUUACCUAAACACUGUGAUGAAGCAAAUAAUAUUAUCAUAGACUCUGUCCAUGUGAUUCCAGCACUGAUCAACAGCACAGUGUGUAAGUUCUUAAAAUGUUUGUUUUUGUGCACUAAAGCUAAAAACUGAAUCCUACUUUCUUACUUUAUAGAUGUUAUACAACGGCGCUGUGGCUGCGUCAGGUCAGCCGAUGGGAUUGUCUCUGCUUUUGAUGCCUGGGCAGUGAAUGGGAUGGACUUCAUCAGCUUUGACCCUGAAUCCCAGAGAUGGACAUCCCAGUCUCCCUUUGCAAUACCAGUUAGGCAUUGGUGGAAAAACAAUAACGGACGGAAUUUUGCCUUCAAACACUUCCUCAGAGAACGAUGUCCACUAUUGAUACAGGGAAUGAAAUUAAGAUCAACGCACCAAAACACAGAGCUACAUAUAUUUGCCAAGCCCAUUGCUGACACAGACCAGGCACUGCUGAGGUGUCACGUGACGAGUACUGACAAAUCAGUGAGCUCAGUGCAUCUGAUUGGAGAUGGGGCUUUCAAGGCCAAUUGGAUCUCUGUAACUGGACCAAUGCCUUCUGAAGACGGAUCUGUGAUCCUCAGACUGACAGCUGAGAUCUCUCUGAGCCAAAGCACCAACAUGUACGGCUGUAGAGUACAAACAGGAGGUCACAACAUCACCAUUUUCUGGGAUGGGAAUACUCUUGAUGGCAGAAAUCUUCUCAACAUGUUAACUGUCCAUUGGAAAAUUCUGACAGCAAUCCUUGGAUUUGUCUGCAUUAUUUUUGUAAUCACUGCCAUAUCUUGUGGAACAAUAUUCCUGCUUAAGUGUGUCAAGAAGAAGUCCCGUCCUCCUGCAAGAGUUGAUCCACAGCUGAUGGAGCAGUUUACAAGGCUGGGUCUGAGUGUUACCUCUCCAGAUCUGCAGAGCGUAAUUUUUUCAUUUACACGGGGUAGAGAGGGUGACAGAGAGUGUGACCAUUGGGCGAUGAGAGUUAUUCCAAUGCAGGAAGACCUAUAUGAUCCAGAAUACUUUGCUCAUCCAAUUAAUGGAGCAAAUCGAUAGUUACGUAAGGAAUUGAGAAAGAAAUUUGAGAUUGCAGAAACCAAAAAAAAUUAGCAGUUUAAAAUAUCAAAUGUAAACGUCAAGUUUUACUGUCAGUU